AUGGAUCAGGGGCAGUAUGCCAAAGGCAAAGGGAGUGUUCAUUUGCAAAUUGAUGAGCCUAGCACCUCCAGUCCAACCAUUUUGCGAACCCAAAGCAGCAUUGAAACUAGAGAGAGUAAUACUAGCAGUACGGACUCCGAAUCUUCUCUAUCGAGGCCCCUAAUCUGUGCAAUAGAAAAGAAGGUAACUCUCUUUGCCCUCCGCCUAGCGGUGCUGGAAAAAACAGCCACCGGCCUGGGAACUCUGGGGUUUAUCUGGGCAACAGUCGUGCUGUUAGGCGGUUUCGCUCUACCCCUAGAUAAAACAGACUUCUGGUUCAUUUCCAUUAUUCUGCUUAUCGAAGGGACUCGAAUUUUCAGUAGGAGCCAUGAGCUUGAAUGGCAACAUCAAGCCACAUGGUCAAUCAGUGACGUUGGAAUCAACAGUUUCCGUGCUCUAAGAUCCAAAUCAAACCACAUCAUAAAAACAGUUACCGGAAUAUUCAGGCCUAUUGAUGUUGUUCGGAAGCAAAAUCAAUUAAACAAAAACCUUGGACAGAGAACAUACUUGGAGAAAAAGAUGGAAACUCGAACAAUGGCGAAUUCCGGUGUUCCUCUACUUCCAUAUGUAAAAUGGUUUUUCGAAUCGAGAAACAUAAGUAAGCUUUUCUACUGGCUCCAGCUGGUUUCUGCAACGACAUGUGCAGUUUUGUCACUAAUGCAGCUCAUCAGACAUAACUACAAACAAGUACCAGAAGGGGAUGCGAACAGGAGAAACCUUGAAUCUGCUCUAAAUAUUUUCUAUGCUUUGGCCUUAGCUGAAGCAAUGUUGUUUCUCUUGGAGAAAGGCUAUUGGGAAUAUCAGGUUACUUGGUGUAAAGUUCUGGAUGAGGUGAACGAGGAGUGCGGGCUAGGGCCUACAGGUAUGCUCUCGAUUAAGAGGUUCUUUUAUGAUGUGUAUUCAAGAUGCGUAAACGGAAGCAUAUUUGAUGGCCUAAAGAUGGAUAUGGUUUCAUUUUCCAUGGAACUCUUAGCUUCACAAUCUGAGGUUGAACAACUCAUCGGAUGUAGGAUUUUACAUAAAUUCACAACGAAUUUGAGGUUCUCUGAUGACACAUUGCAAAAACUGGGAAUAUCUUUUACGGUUGUGGAAAGGUUAGUCGAAAUGUUGAAUUGGAAAGAUCCAGAACAAGAGGAGAUCAGGAAAUUGGCGGCGGAGAUAUUGUCAAAACUAGCCGGUAAAAACCAGAACUCUCUUAGGGUUUCUGGAAUACCCGGUGCAAUGCAAUCAAUAUCAUCUUUACUCCUGAAACACAGGACUCCUCACAUUGCAAACGAUGAACUCCCAGAUAAGGAAAUUGUCCAAAAUGAUGACAACUAUCAUUUCUGGACAUUCAAUCAUUUGGGACUUCUUAUUCUAAAGAAACUUGCAUGUGACCAUGAUAACUGCGGAAAGAUAGGGAACACAAGGGGACUCUUGCGAAAGAUUAUAGAUUUUACGCAUACUGGAAAGAGAUUAUUGAAAGAGGAAACCGUUGAACCGUCUCAAAUUUUGACGGUAAAACGGUCUCUUCAAUUGCUGAAGAUGCUGGCAAGCACAACGGGGGACACUGGGAAGCAACUGCGGAAAGAGAUCUCAGAAGUUGUUUUCACAAUAAGCAACAUCAGAGAUAUACUUCAGUAUGGAGAGAACUACAAAGGGUUGCAACAACUAGGCAUAGGGAUUCUAACCAGUCUGGCAAUGGAAGAAGAUGCGAAAGAGAGGAUAGGGGAGACAGGUGGAGUUCUUAAAGUAUUGUUCUACAUUUUCUUCGAACAGGGGUUGGAUGAAAAUCAGAAGCGUGUAAGAACUGCAGCUGGGGAAGCACUAGCAAUGCUGGCAGUAGAAAGUAAGAGUAACUGUCAUCGGAUCAUCAAACUGAAAGUAACUGAAAAUCUUGUUGAUGCAAUGGAGGUUCCGUUGGUACGAAUAAAUGCAGCAAGAAUCUUAACGAAUUUGUGCACCUUCAGUGGAGAUGAUUCUUUCAUGGAGUUAAGGGGAGUCACUGCUGCAGCACCUACUGUGCUUAGAGCAAUUAUGUCAGAAGAAAACAAAUUGCAAGAAGCAAUGGUAGGACUAGCAGCUCAGAUAUUCAAAUUUAUGACUGCUCAAGAGUCAAGUGCCGCCUUCCAUUGCGCCGGAAUUCAAGAAGCUGAAUUAGCCACUACAAUGAUGGAAAUUCUAAAGAAAUAUCGACAUCCAUCAAUCAAGACCCCGAGAAUAAGGAUAUUUGUCCUAGAGUUGGCAAUUUGGAUGAUGCUGGAUAAGGAAACCAACAUUCAAGUUUUCAAAGAUAUGGGAAUGAAGGCGGAGCUGGAGUGGGUGAUGGAGACAACAUCAGAGCUCGAAAGCUUCAAUGUCUUCUGUGGUACAAUUGGACUGAGCCGACGCAGAAAAACAAUUCAUUUGCUAGUUGAAACAGCAACUAAGUUACUGAAAGACGAGUAAUUUAUAGAAAUAUGAUUCGUUGUCGAAAAAAGACUACCUCAGGUAGACAUAUCAAACAACAGGUAGACACAUCAAACAAAUUCAAUUUAUUUGUAAAUAUGGAUAUGUGAUAUAGCAUAUUCUUUUUUGUUAAUGUAACAAAUACUCCGUAAGUUCCAGACAUCAUAAUAUCAUGUCAAUAAUCAAGUUGUAUCUUUGGAGAAUCUCAUCGUUGCAGGCUACAUGUGCUUCCAAACAGCAUGGGGGUGGGAAAAGACUCAAGCUGGCUUAUUUAACACAGUUUAUCAUCAUUGGACACAUCUAUGAGCUUAUAAAAGAAAAAUGUAUUCUUACUGAUUAUCAAGCGAAACUCUUGACCAGAAUGACUGGACAAUGACAAUUUUGAAAUUUCAAGUCAUGUCCGAUGGUCAUUUUUCUCUGAAGUAAUAAAAUCAAGACUUGCCCCAUCAUUAUGUAUCAGUUUCCCAUAUAGUUUUUCUGGUUCUGUAGUAUUACCAUAAAUAAAAUCAUCAUCUGUGCCCCUUAGUUCAAGCCCAUUCCAACUCUUUCUCACAGGAAGAUACAUUGUCUUCGAUUCACAGAAAUCUUGUCCUUCAGUUCGACCAAUAUGUACCACUUAAGGGUUAGCAUCACUUAAAAAGAUGAUUCUUUUCGCUCUUUCUCCUAUGACGUUGUAAGCAACAAAGCUUAUGAUUUGGAAGAUAAAGAUAGAUUCAUUUGUUAUCCUAUACUUUCAACAAUCACCAUCUUCAGUUACUUCAUAUUUUCAUUAGCAAAUCCACUAAAAUCAUCAAAUUCAGAGAAAGCAUAAUUUGUGCGCCUUCAUUCAAGCCCAUUCCAACUACUUUAUACAGAUGGAGAUACAUAUAUUAGAUUUACACAAUCCAGGUAAGUAAAUAAUUGCGUAGAAGAAGCUUUUUUUCCUUCUUUUUCGUAUCACGACGGAAACAACAAAGCUUGUAAUUUGGAAGCUAGACUCGUUUUUCAUCCUACACUUGUCUCAACAACAAACAGAGAUUAUUAGAAUAUUGAAUUUUUUCAUAUCUUCCUAAUCAAAUCCACCCGAAAACAUCAAAUUCCAAGAAAUCACCAUUUUUUGUGCCUUCAUUCAAGCCCAUUCCAACUGCUUUAAACAGACAGAUACAUGUCUUAGAUCGAUACAGAGAAUUCACGUUCCUCAGUUCAACCGUUACACACCAGGUGAGUGAGAGAACCACGUAAAAAACACGACUUUUUCGUUCUUUUUCCUGUCGCGAUUUAUAAUCUACACACUUAUGAUUCAAUUCAAAAAGCUAGACACGUUUUUAACCAACAGUUUCUAAACUACAAACAGAGAUCAUCGAAUUAUUUUAUACAUCUUCAUUUUCAAAAAUCCACUGAAAAACAUCAAAUUCCAAACCACAGUAACCCAACUAAGAAAAAACGAGAACGCUACAAAUUAUACUCACAAAAUGCAGGUAUUAAUUCGAAUUGAACUCACAUUGGGCGUGAAUGCGGCCGUCGUUCUCCACCGGAAAGCGAAUUCUGAAGCUUUAAUUUGGCUGUUGCAAUUCCCGUGCACAGAUUCCGAGGCGAACAAGCGAGGAAGUUCAUC